GAGAAGAUUUCUGGGAGUGGGGAGGGUAGGAAGAUGGCGGCUCCCAGCGUUAGGGGAGCGAGACCCGGGCCCGAGGCGGCGGCAGCGACGGUGGCUGCUGAGCCGAGCGGGAUGAUGGUGCUGCCGGGGUUCAAGGACGCGGACAGCUUCGUGAAGUUUGCUCUUGGUUCUGUACUGGCUGCUACAAAAGCUUCCAAUGGGCUGCCACAGGCUGGAGAUGAGUAUGAUUUUUACCGAAGUUUUCCUGGCUUCCGGGCAUUUUGUGAAACACAAGGAGAGAGGUUACUUCAAUGCAUGAGUAAGGUCAUGCAGUACCAAGGCUGUCGUAGCCACAUUAAGGACCGCAGCAAAGUGACUGAACUGGAGGACAAGUUCGAUUUGCUGGUUGAUUCCAACGAUGUUAUUCUUGAAAGAGUGGGUAUUCUCUUAGACGAAGCAUCAGGAGUAAAUAAGAAUCAGCAGCCUAUCCUCCCUGCGGGAAUGCAGGUCCCCAAGACAAUAGUGUCCAGCUGGAAUCGUAAGGCAGGAGAGUAUAACAAGAAAAAAAAGUCUGAAACUUUCCGACUGCUUCAUGCCAAGAACAUCGUUCGACCUCAGCUGAAGUUUCGAGAAAAAGUGGAUAAUUCCAACACACCUUUUGUCCCCAAAAUCUUCAUCAAGCCCAAUGCUCAGAAACCUCUGGCUCAGGCACUCACCAAAGAGAGACGUGAGCGACAAGAACGCCCUGAGGAUUUGGAUGUGCCACCUGCCUUAGCAGAUUUUCUCUAUCAGCAGAGAACUCAGCAGAUUGAGCAGGAUAUGUUUGCUCAUCCCUAUCAGUAUGAAUUGGAUCACUUUACACCACCAGAUGCAGUCCUUCAGAAGCCACAGAUUCAGAUGCACAGAUCUGUAGAAGAAACACCCUGCCAUUUUGUAUCCACCCUCGAUCAACUUGUGGAACUCAGUGAAAAACUCCUGAGCUGUAAAGAAUUCAGUGUAGAUUUGGAGCACCACUCUUACAGGAGCUUUCUGGGCUUGACGUGCCUGCUGCAGAUUUCCACCCGGACAGAGGACUUCAUUAUUGACACCCUGGAACUUCGAAGUGACCUGUAUAUUCUCAAUGAGAGCUUCACUGAUCCAGCCAUUGUAAAGGUAUUCCAUGGUGCUGAUAUGGACAUUGAAUGGUUACAGAAAGACUUUGGACUGUAUGUGGUGAACAUGUUUGAUACGCACCAGGCAGCUCGCAUUCUUAACCUUGGCAGGCAUUCACUGGAUCACUUACUGAAACUCUACUGCAAUGUGGAAACAAACAAACAGUAUCAGUUGGCCGACUGGAGGAUACGACCUUUACCUGAGGAAAUGUUUAACUAUGCACGCCAUGACACCCAUUACCUCCUCUACAUUUAUGAUAAGAUGCGUUCAGACCUGUGGGAGCGAGCAAACGGGCAGCCAGCUCACUUGCAGGUGGUGUGGCAGCGGAGCAAGGACAUUUGCCUCAAGAGGUUCAUCAAACCGAUUUUCACCGAAGAUUCAUACCUCGAGCUGUACAGAAAACAGAAGAAGCAUCUCAAUACCCAGCAGCUCACAGCCUUUCAGUUGCUCUAUUCUUGGAGGGACAGAACAGCCCGGAGGGAGGAUGAGAGUUAUGGCUAUGUCCUGCCCAACCACAUGAUGCUGAAGAUAGCUGAGGAGCUGCCCAAGGAACCUCAGGGUAUUAUUGCUUGCUGCAACCCUGUACCUCCUCUCGUGCGGCAGCAAAUCAAUGAAAUGCACCUUCUAAUCCAGCAGGCCCGAGAAAUGCCUCUGCUCAAGUCUGAAGUUGCAUCUGGAGGGAAGAAGAGCAGACCCCAGCCUGCUCCUGAGAGAAUGGAAAAUGCCUUAUUUGGACCUCAUGAUUAUUCCCGUGCUCCUCCAGAUGAUUAUCUAAAUGUCGCAGCCACAGGACCUGGGCCACUUCAGAAAAAGGCAACCCUCUUCUCUGACAAAGAUGAAAAUGAGACCUUAUCAGAUGUUGGCUGCCUUAUUGCUACGGCAGUCAUCACCUUAUUCAGUGAGCCUAGCGCUGACGAGGAGAGUGGAGGGAGGCUAACCACAGCACAGAAGAAGGCGCAGACCAUCAUGGAGUCCUUCGAGAAUCCAUUCAGGAUGUAUCUCCCCUCAGAACAUAGCCGUGCCUACGUCUCACAGUCGGCCAAGUUUGACCCAAUGUCGAAAAUCUAUGAAAUCAGCAAUCGUUGGAAGCUGGCCAGCCAGGUACAGAUCAAAAAAGAGACCCAGGAAGCACUGAGAAAGAAAGCUGAGCAGACAGCUGCCCGAGAAGAGGCGAAGCAAGAGUAUAAAGCCGCCGUCGAGCAGGUCAUCUCGGUCCGGCAGCAGGCUGCGCUAGAAAAUGCUCCUAAGAAGAGGGAAAGGAUGGGGAGCGACCCUGGGAGCCUGGAACCAAAACAAGAGAAGAAGAAGCUCAAAGCUUCCCAGCAGCCCCCAGAGCAGGAGCCACCCAAGGAGUUUACCCCGUAUGACUACAGCAAGUCAGACCUCAGAGUGUUUGCUGCAAAUAGCAAAGCCAAACAGUCAGCCCAGUUUGAUCCCAAUACACCGGACCCAGCUGUCAAGAAAUGUGCUACUGUCGGCAAACCUAAGCAGCCACCAGGAAACAGAAGCAAGUCUUUUGUGUCUGGAAAAUCAGAAAGAGGCUUCAGGUACAGCUGGCCAAAGAGAUAGUGUUUGCACCCCCGAGAACAGAAGAGGAGCAGCUGGGGCCCAGAGAGAGGGCUGCGGGCCAGGCGCAGAGGGUGCUGCUCUGUACGGACCUCUGGUUGAAAUAUUAAACCAAGAAUUCUUACUGGAAGGAAGCCAGCUCUUUUUCCUUUCCUUGUCAGCAGAGACUUUGGGAUAUUAGCCAUCAUGGACCCAGCACAUGAUGCCCAGAUCACCAACACCAUGGCACACUUAGCCGCCUGGGAAGAGGGCGAGGGGGGCACUCCUGGGCAGCCACUGAGUUCAGCAGGUCACUGGCCUUGAGGCCGUAGAAGGACGAGGCCUCCUCUGUUCUCCAGCUUUAGGGCCCCAGAUUUUCAGCCGGAUAACACCGUGGAGUGGUCAUAUCUGCUGCCCAGCGCAGGAAGACUGCUCUUGCUCCAGGCAGCAGCAGCCAGGCUCGCCUGGCCCACAGAGAGUGUCCUGGCUGGGCAUACGCUUCACCCUGACCCAGAAGAGCGUGUCACCAUUGGCGGGGCCCUUGUGGCUGUCCUGAGCCACCUGCCAUGGGAGGGGCCUGUGUAAUGGCACAGGGGUGUGUGGUCCUGGCAGUCUUGGCUCCCUGAACUGCUCUGCUCUCUGGCCUCCGUCUGCAGCCCUUCCUUUGGGAAGGUAAUAGCUCCGACUGCUGCUCGAAGGCCGCUUUUGGUACCUGUUUUCUGAGAGCUGAGUUGGCUCAGGGAUGAUCCCAGAGGUCCUCUCACUGGCCCCCUGAUGUUCCUGACUCCCACACACUGGGAACCUGUUAUCACUGACUAUUAAGCCCGGGCUAGAAGCAGCUGCUCAGCUGGCUGCAAUGCUUGGGCCAGGAGCUGAAAUCUCAGUGGUUCCAUCGCUUAAUAAAACAUUUUUUUUAAAGUAAACA